CGUCACACAAGGUCUGGGGUUUGGGAAGCUGUCAGAGGAAUCCUGGAGACAGCGAUCAGGGUUACAUGUACAAAGAGGUCUAUAGAACCUUUCAGCAGAGUGAGGGCCAUAAAAAUCCCUUGGAGGGCCAUAUUGAUUUUUCUGUUGGACAACUCUACUAUAAGACAUGUGUUUUCUACACCUGCUCUCACUAUUAUGUGUGUGGCUGGUGGCUCCAUCCCCAGCAACUGGGGAUAAUCGAUAUAAACCAGGGGAUCCAGUGAUGAUGUAUGUAAAUAAAGUGGGCCCAUAUCACAACCCACAAGAGACUUAUCACUACUACCAACUUCCAGUAUGUGCUCCUGAGCAGAUCCGCCACAAGAGCUUAACUCUAGGAGAAGUGUUGGAUGGAGAUCGCAUGGCAGAGUCCAUGUACCGAAUUACAUUUCGCCAAAAUGUUGAAAGACAAACUCUUUGUGAGAUGAAAUUAUCACUCAGUCAAGUUGAGGAGCUUCGCCGAGCCAUUGAAGAAUUAUAUUAUUUUGAGUUUGUGCUAGAUGACAUUCCAAUACGUGGAUUUUUGGGUUAUAUGGAAGAAAGUGGAUUCCUUCCACACACUCAUAAAAUUGGACUUUGGGCUCACUUAGAUAUUAACAUUGAAUAUAAUGAUGACCGCAUUAUCUAUUCUAACGUGAGUGUACGUGAUGUCAAACCAUUCAGCUUAGACGAUGUGAGAGAGACACUUAGUUUGACACACACUUACAGUAUACACUGGUUUCCAAGUACUGUAACAUAUGAGCGGCGUGGAGAUAGGCUUCGGGAUUCAAGUUUUUUCCCCAAGAGCCUGGAGAUUCACUGGCUUUCAAUAAUUAACUCUAUGGUGCUGGUCUUUCUGCUCUUGGGAUUUGUUGUCAUCAUCCUAAUGCGUGUCUUGAAGAGUGAUUUGGCUCGGUAUAACCUAGAUGAAGAAGGAGCAGAUGACAUGGAACAGGGAGACAAUGGCUGGAAGAUCAUCCAUACAGAUGUGUUCCGCUUUCCACCAUACAGAAGUCUCUUAUGUGCAGUGCUUGGUGUGGGGUUUCAGUUCCUGGCAUUGGGAACAGGCAUUAUAGUCAUGGUUCUUCUGGGUCUGUUUAAUGUGCACAGACAUGGGGCUAUAAAUUCUGCAGCCAUCCUACUCUACGCCCUCACUUGCUGUGUGUCUGGGUACGUGUCCAGUAAUUUCUACAGGCAACUUGGAGGAGAUCGUUGGGUUUGGAACAUCGUACUUACAACCAGCCUCUUUUCUGCGCCCUUUUUUCUGACAUGGAGUGUGGUGAAUUCAGUGCACUGGGCCAAUGGCUCCACCCAAGCACUCCCAGCAACCACCAUUCUGCUUCUACUCACUGUUUGGCUGCUAGUUGGUUUCCCUCUCACUGUUAUUGGAGGCAUCUUUGGAAAGAACAGUGCAGUAAACUUUGAGGCUCCUUGUCGGACUAAGAACAUUGCCAGGGAAAUCCCUCGUCAACCCUGGUAUAAAUCUGCACCAGUACAUAUGGCAAUUGGAGGCUUUCUACCCUUCAGUGCAAUCUCAGUGGAACUAUAUUAUAUAUUCGCCACAGUUUGGGGCCGGGAACAGUAUACACUGUAUGGGAUCCUGUUUAUUGUGUUUGCUAUCCUGCUGAGUGUGGGUGCUUGCAUCUCGGUAGCUCUGACAUACUUCCAGCUUUCAGGAGAAGACUAUCGGUGGUGGUGGCGCUCAGUCCUAAGCACAGGUUCAACUGGAGCAUUUAUCUUCCUAUAUUCAGUAUUCUAUUACUGGCGCCGUUCUAACAUGUCAGGAGUGGUUCAGACUGUCGAAUUCUUUGGAUAUUCUUUUCUAACAGCUUAUGUUUUCUUCUUAAUGCUUGGAGCUGUCAGCUUUACUGCAUCACUUCGGUUUAUACGCUAUAUAUACAUAAACCUGAAGAUGGACUAAGAGCUUGUAUCGGCAGUAGCCACUGUGCUUUAUGUACUGCAUUUGUCAAAAUGGACUAAAUAUGGAAGAAGGGAAAUACUAUUUAUAGUUCAAUGAUAAAUGAUUUUGCAACUUUUUUGCAACAGUCGGGCAGUAUGAUUGUCUAGAAUUAGACUGUGAUCUGGAGAAACUGAAAAACCACCAUGCGCAUGGCACAUACAUUAGCGGCUAUGGGGCAUGUAUAUAAAGCUGUGUAAAUAAAGUGGCAUUAGGUUACAUUUAGUUUGCCACUUUAACUCCACGGCAAGCUUUUAAAAUCAAAUAUAUUGAAAAAGCAAAGGCGUAGUGUGUAAAAUUCUGGUGUUAAGAGGUGUUAGCUUAGAAAAAAGGCAUCCUAACCAGUGCCACAGAAUUUUACACCACUUUGCAUGCCAGAAAUGUUUUGCCACCUAAAUUGAUCCCCUUGACUAAAUGGGUUAUGCCAAGUAAAGUUGGAAUUUUUGCUGUUAGUUUGGCAUAAAAAUAAACACCUAUAUAAUUAUAUCCAUGAUCACAAUGCAUGGCCUUAAUUAAAGCAUAAAGACAUGCCUGGGAGCUUUAUAAAUUCACCACUUGUUUUGCCUUUAAUUCACACCAUUUUUUGUCAUUCAGUAUUGUGUACACCUUAAUAAAUUUAGCAUAAUGAAAUGCUGCAUAGGCCAGAGACAGGGCAUUCACACUAAAAAUUAUAAUUUUUCCCAUCCUAAAACAUCUCAGUGAGAAAACAAACUUAGCUUGUCUAUCAAGAGUUGAAACUGCACCAAUAUCUGACCUACAUACAUAUUCCUCUUGGUGUCAGAAUACUCAACAGCAGUUAUUAAUAAAAUACUUUCUGAUUGUACUUUUGUACAUCACCUCUUUAAUAGGUCUUAAACAUAUACAAGAUAUACAUGUCUACCACAAAGAGUUUAUAUUCUUUUGUAAAGCCUCAUUUGUUUUUUUUUUUUCAUGCAGUUAUCUUUUAACACUACCAAGGAUUUGUUAGCUCUUGGGUUUUAUUGCUUCAUUAUAGUUGUUUAAGGGCUGUGACAGACGGGCAGAUUAGUUGCAGCGCAACAAAUCUCCCUUGUCGCGGGUGACUAAUCUCCCCGAAAAUGCCAUCCCACCGCCCGCGACAAGGGAGAUUUGUCGCACUGUGACUAAUCUGCCCGUCUGUCACAGCCCUAAAUGUGCACAGAGGAAACCCUGGGUUACCUUGAGUAGAGAAACGUGUCAUUAUGCUUUCAUAAAUCACAGUCAUUUUUUCAUGGAAAGGAUUAAAGUCACACUAGUACCAAGCAUGCAUUUAAAUAUAAGUUGCGCUAAGAUUUUAAGAACUAUUUAUGGUAUUUCCCAGAUUGCCUCUAUGUGCAACUAAAGCCCUGGCAUAAUAUUACUUUUAUAUUAUAUCUGCAAUGCAGGGGGCUGUUGUACCCAUUGCUUUAUGUAGAUGAGGUCAAUGCCAGUUCUUACUUACUCAGCCCACUCUGCAGACUAUAUCAGACUGCCCUGUAUUUUUAUGGCCAAACCCUUUUCAUUUUUUUCAGAUUACUGUUAUAUUACUGCACUUUUAAGAUAAUGGGGAAUUGAGUGUCUUUCCUCCCAGCGCAAUUAGUAGCUCUCUGGUUGUGGUACAAAACUGGCCUAAUUUUAUGGCAUUAAGCUAUUAAUCGCCUGAACAACAAAACGCUCAGAAUCACUCUGUUUCAUUGAAUUUGGCUGCUGCCCACAUUUUUUUUCAUUAGUUGGAUCUUUGGGUGCCGCUGUAGGUUUUUUUUUUCUUUUCUCUCCAUAGUUUUCUUAUUAAAGUGAAAGGGGCUCAGAUUGCUGUUUUCACAAAUAUUUUUUGGAUUGUUUCUGAACUGUGCUGAAAGUCUCCUAUAAACUCUCUGGAAAUCUGUAUGAUAUAUUUAUAUAUUGGUUUUUCUUUUUACAAAAUAAAUAAUCAUGUUUUUUUCUU